UGCCACUGUCGUUGCUAUGCUACUGCUACUUGCUACAGCUUCGUUCACCUCUCUCUCUGCCCCUCUUUUUUUCCGCCUCAUCCACCACCCAGCCGCCACACCCCAUUCCCCAUGUUGUGCCCUCGCCAUCACCACCACCCGAUGUUCCACUGCGCUGUCAUCACUCCCUCUGCCUCUAAUUGCGGAUAUGAAAAUGGAUUUGCUCCAAUGACGCCGCCAUCGUUCCACCGCAUCUCUCUCGAUUCUUCUCGCCUCUAAGGUUAUGAGCGCGCAGGCUCGUUUUGAUGAGCAAUCGAGUUUAAUGCUAGUAGGAUAGAAGUGAAGAGAUGGCACGUACAACUAGGCAUUCUCCGCCAUCCUCCCAACUGUUCCUCUGCAAAUUCAACUUCAUCAAUUCACUCCAUUGAUUCUCGCACCCUUUUAAUUGCAUUCAAACUCUGUAUGUGUCGCAUGCAUUUUCAAAGCUUCUGUCACUAUCGUGUAUUAAUAAACUAAAUUAAAAAAUUAUAUAUAGUGGAGUAACUUUUAAUUUAUCAAACCCAUGUAUAUGAUGUAUGCCAGAUUGCUAGCUAGGACGAUUGAAUAAUAUCGAUAUCUCCUCUCUAGAAUUCGAUUAAAUUACUGAAUGUAACUCGAAAUUAAUUUAUGAAAUCAUUUCUGGGUUCAGAUUAAAUAAUCGUAAAAACAUCUCCACUAACUAAUGUUCUGACGAAAAUUGAGUAAAGCAGUAUAGAAUUACUCCACACUUUAGCUGGCGGCUACCAAGCUUGAUCAUAAAUAAUUUUAAAAUUUAUUUAUUUGUGUAUUUUCAAACCACCCUCCUUAUUUAAACUGGUCAUGCAAACAUAUCUGAAAAAGGAAUUCAUCUCUAUGAAUGAGAAAUGAAAGGCAAUAUAGUAGUAGUAGUGCUCCUCUUUGCAAUACUUGUAAUUGCCUCAACUGUAGCUGAAUCAAGAAGCAUCACUCAUCCAAAUCACAACCAAAAUAAUGAAACAAAGUUGGAAGAGGAAAAGCAAAGAAGCUCAAGGAGAAGAAGCAGUGGCGGCGGAAGGAGCAGAAGCGGCGGCGGAGGCAGAAGGCCAGGAGGAGGAUCGUCAUCAAACUGUGACCCUCUGUAUUCGUACCUAUUUGGACGCUGCGGUCAAUGGCCGUUCCGCCGCAACUCUCCUAACAACCCUUUUAGGCCAAGGUCUCCGCCCCGCUCUCCGCCACGCUCUCCGCUCAUUCCCUUGCCGCCGCCGGUCCCAUCUUCUCCACCGAUUGUAAAUCCGCCACCUGCAACACCCUCUCCGCUAAUACCCCUCCCGCCCCCAGUUGCUCCAUCCUCUCCCCCACCAUUAGCCGCCGCGCCGCCGCCGUCGUCCCCUCCGCCUGCCCCACCACCAACAUCUCCACCACCGGCGCCAGCACCAGCACCUCCUCCACCACCGCUCGUUCCGUCUCCUCCGCCGCCCUCGCCUCCAUCACCUCCGCCACCUGAAGUAGUUCCCAUAAUAUAUCCGCCGCCGUUGGUUUCUUCGCCGCCGCCCGUGGCGGGAACAGACACUCCGCCGCCGCUCUUUCCAUGGCUUACGCCGCCCGCGGCGGGAACAGACACUCCGCCGCUAGCAUUCUCUCCGCCGUCGCUGCCGGGAAUUGUCUUCCCACCACCUCUACCGGACACUCCCCCCGCUUUCUCUUUCCCACCGGACUUGUUCCUUCCGCCGCCUGCAGCAGACUUAACGCUAGCGCCGCCGGUUUUCCCUGUAUUCAGUCCACCGGAAAUGCCGUUCACAUUUUCACCUCCGGCGACUGAGAGCCCAGAUCUUCCGAUCCCUGAGUUGCCGCCGGUGAUUACUGAUCCGGUGCAACCAAUACCGUUGGUAACUGCGCCGCCAACAGUGGAAGAGCAACCGCCGCUUCCUCCAGGCCCCAAUUAGGGUUUUUUGGAUUUGGGUCGUGUCAUGUGUUUUGUUUUUUGGUUGCUUCAUUUAUGCAUGCAACUUUUGUUACAAAUCUUAGGUAUAUCAUUGUAAUCGUGCGUCUUCUUCUCAACUUGAUUACAGUUUCUGUUUAGUUCA